GACCGUGGUCCCCCCGUCCCCCCCCCCUCCCCAGCGGCGGAUGGGACUGUAGCGGCGGGUGACUGACUCCGCGGCGGCCCCAUGUUUUCCCCCAGCCAGGAGGAGCACUGCGCGCCUAACAAGGAGCCCGUCAAGUACGGGGAGCUGGUGGUGCUGGGGUAUAAUGGAUCCCUCCCUAAUGGUGACAGAGGACGCAGGAAAAGCAGAUUUGCCCUUUAUAAGCGACCUAAGGCAAAUGGAGUUAAGCCCAGCACUGUUCAUGUGAUUUCUACUCCUCAAGCAUCGAAGGCAAUCAGCUGUAAAGGUCAGCACAGUAUCUCUUACACAUUAUCCAGAAACCAGACUGUUGUAGUGGAAUACACUCACGAUAAAGAUACAGACAUGUUUCAGGUUGGGAGGUCAACAGAAAGCCCCAUAGACUUUGUAGUAACAGAUACUAUUUCUGGAAGUCAAAAUAAUGAUGAAACACAGAUUACGCAAAGCACCAUAUCCCGUUUUGCAUGCAGGAUUGUUUGUGACAGGAGCCCACCAUAUACAGCAAGGAUUUUUGCAGCUGGAUUUGACUCAUCUAAAAAUAUAUUUCUUGGUGAAAAAGCAGCAAAGUGGAAAAAUCCUGAUGGCCACAUGGAUGGAUUGACAACUAAUGGGGUGCUGGUCAUGCAUCCAAAAGGAGGGUUCACGGAGGAGUCUAAACCUGGAGUUUGGCGGGAAAUCUCAGUCUGUGGUGAUGUGUACACUCUCCGGGAAACCAGAUCGGCUCAACAAAGGGGGAAACUGGUAGAAAAUGAGACCAACAUCCUACAAGAUGGCUCUCUCAUUGACCUGUGUGGAGCCACCCUUCUGUGGAGAACGGCAGAUGGACUGUUUCACACUCCAACUCAGAAACACAUUGAAGCUCUGCGACAGGAGAUAAACGCUGCCAGACCACAGUGUCCUGUUGGGUUAAACACUUUAGCAUUUCCCAGUAUCAACCGUAAAGAUGUAGUAGAAGAGAAGCAGCCUUGGGCAUACCUCAGCUGUGGUCAUGUUCAUGGCUAUCACAACUGGGGACAUCGCAGUGACACAGAAGCCAAUGAGCGAGAAUGUCCUAUGUGCAGAACCAUUGGCCCCUAUGUGCCUCUUUGGCUUGGUUGUGAAGCAGGCUUUUAUGUGGAUGCUGGUCCUCCAACUCAUGCUUUCACCCCUUGUGGACAUGUGUGCUCUGAGAAGUCUGCAAAAUACUGGUCUCAAAUCCCACUGCCUCAUGGUACUCAUGCAUUUCAUGCUGCCUGCCCUUUUUGUGCAACACAACUGUCUGGGGAGCACAACUGCAUCAAGCUAAUUUUUCAGGGUCCAAUUGACUGAUAUUACUUUGCAAUGACCACAAUAACAUUUUCUUUAACAAUUUACUGUGAAGAUUUUGCCACUAACUCUAGAUUUUACCUUUUUUUAUAAUGUUAUUAAUAGGGUGGUAGGGUGGGGAUGGGGAACUGACAAGGAAAUUCUGAGGGACUGUGGUGGAAUUGGGAUACAUUGAUACCUGGAACUUGACAGAUAUCAGUGGUGUUGCAUGCUCAAAAGCAGCAUAUUCAUGAAGUCUUCUUGGUCAAAUUGUAGUAUAUUUGUAAUCUUUUUAUUAGUACCCUGGAUCAGAAGAAGGUGUCUUAAUAAUGAUUUUUUUAAGCUAAUAUUUUUUAAUGGAAAGGUUUUUUCUUCUAAACUUUGACAGGCCUUUAAAACCUAUUUUUCAAAUCUAGAAGGAACAUACAGAAUGUAACUGUCUUUAAAUUUGCAAUAUAAUUUAACUUGAAUAGUUUCUGAAGGAGCUAAUACAGAAUGUGUGGACAACCAUAGGUGAAUGUUCACUAGAGAUAAUUGGAUAUGUAAGAGAAAAAUUAGCUGCCUAAAUUGUAGAGUACAAAAGCUAUUAAAAUAUCUGUUGUGGUAUAACACAGCUGGCCAAAAAGGCAUCAAGGAUUACUUGAAACUGAGGAAAUCCCAUUUGCAUUGAUUUCCUUUCAAUGUAAUAGAUAUCCACUGUUCAUUACGUAUGGUAUAUGGCUGAUUUUUUUUUCUUUCUUUUUUUUUUUUCCCCCUGUUUAACCUGCAUCUGGUGAAACUGCUUUACUUUUUUACAUACUUAUUUCCGUUUUUUAAGCCAAUGUUCUGUAUAUGUGUAGUCUGGCCUUUUUAUUUCUGCAUAACUUAGGUUGCCCUAACUGCUCCUUGCAUGCCCAGGAUCAUUGGGUUAAUUGAGGUGUAGCAAGCCUUUAAAACUGCAUUAAUGAAGGGGUAGUGCCGCAGCAAGACAGAAGGUUUAGGUACAACUUAUACAGAACUUAUUUACAUAGACCUGAAUUCAGGAGAGCACUUAGUUUGUGUUUAAAUAUAAGCCCACGGAUGGGACUGUUUAGAUUCUCAAGUGCUUCAAUGGAUUGUGGUUAUAUGUUGCUAUGUUUUGAAAUGAAAAAAGCAGUUCAAAAUAAGUUAUUUUUUUAAGCUCACUUACUAGCCAAAAUGCUGUAAGGAGAACAUCGUUUCUAGUUCAGCUGAGUAUUUUUGUUCACUUUUCAACUUGCUGCCAUCUGUCACCUUUUUUUUGCAGAUUGAGAUCUGUUUGUAUCCAUUUUUUUUCGAAUGUUUGCAAAUUAAACAACAUUCAAAUGUAAUCAAAAUAUAUGCACCAGGGUGGUACGUCUGAAGUGGAUCACUUGAAAUUCCUGACUUAAGAGAGCUGAUAAAUGUUUACUAUGGAAAUAAUUAAAUCAGAAUUUCAUGAGAUGUAUCCCGCCCACUGUUAGUUUCAUUUCAUACAGAAUGAUAACUCUUUGAUUUGUGUUUUUUUGUUGUUGAUUUUUUUUUUCCUUUCGCUUUCUGUAUUCUUGGUAUCUGAGGUAUCAAUCUAUCCAGGUUUAAAAAGGUAAAAAAGAAUUUGGGAGAAAAUUAUAACAUCUCUAGAUGAAAUUGAUCAUUCAAGCUUAGUUCUGUUUAAUCAACUAUAGCUUUUCGCUAUAUUUGUGCCCUUUGUAUAAAUAUAUAAUUUAUAUGAUUUUAAUAUAUUCUGUAUAUAUAUACUUGAAUUGGCCUGUUCAUAUUUUGGUUGUAAAAUUGUUUUAUAGUUAACCUUAUAAACAUUUUACAUGUCCCUUGCCAAUGGUGAUGGGACGUACUUUGUCUGCUGCUGUUUUUAAUAUAAUUUUGCUGUAUAAAUGUUCAGCAUUCUAAUAAUUUGAAAAUAGCUUUACUUUUCUUUUAUGCUUUUGCUGUUUAAAAAAAAAUCUGCAGCAUUUUCUCUAAAAAUCCCAAACUGUACAGUUUUUGUCCCACUCAGUGAUUGAAAAUAGGAUGAAUCGUGUUAACCUAAAACUCUAUAUGCUUCUUCCUAGUGCCUUUUCAAUGAGAUCCUCUUGUGAUUCUGUAUUCUGAGUCCUUACGCCCACAAGUCAACCUUGUGGCUAAUCUUCAUCAAGAGUGGCAGCCCAACCAGAUUGGGAAGAAAUGCCUUUGGCCUUCAAUUCCUUGUCAUGGUUUCUGUCAUAAAUGUGAAGGUGCCUCUCCCUUGUUUAUAUUCAGUACAAGUUCCUCAGGUCCCAUAUGCAUACUGCAGCAUUAUUUCUAUUUAGCAUAUACCUCAUCUGUGAGAGGCAGUUUCACCUCCACCUCGUUCUUACUGGACUCUGUGAAAUACUUAACUUUGUUUCCCACAAGAGAUGCUAUGAAAACACACUUUCAGGAAAUGUUCCUUAUUGAAUUAAGGCCACGAGCCGUGUGUUAAGGCUGGUGACCAGAGGUCUCGAGCUCUGUGUACGACAGCUUCACAGGUCUGGGGUGGCAACUGUAUUACUGAGCUGAGCUGAUCAGGACUUGCAUGCGUAGUCUCCCUCUGAGCGUAAAUGGAUUGUAAAUGCGCAGGUUCCCAGGCAUCUCUGUUACCGAGCUUUUUUACUUUCUUCCUUUGCAGUUGCAGUUUAAUGGCUGCUUCAGGGCUUCAUAUAGCUGCUAUACCCUGUGCAAGGUGAAUGUACAGUGUUAGAAGAAUCCUCACUGGUAGCACUAGUACACCAUCUGGUUGUGGUGUGUUUGGCUUGCAUGAAGUGGAAGACUGGCUAAUGGUUUGUAUCCGAGGGAAGUGUCAGUUUGAAAAGACUGUGUUUUAAGCGAGAUAUUUAGUUUCUUUCACUAUUGGCAGUUCUGUAUAAUGCAAGAAGUACUGCAGGAAGGAAGAUUCUCCUCUUAUCUGGGAAACAAACUUCACAGUUCCUUUGCAUGAAUCCAGGUACUUUGCCAUUUACCAGUCAGUAGUCAAAGCUAGGGCGAGUCCUGCAGAGCUGGAUUUACUGGGAAGGCAGAAGAGUUUGUGGCAUUAUUUUUCUCAUCACUACUGCCACAUACGCUGCUCUAAUGAAAUGAUGGACCAUUUGGCUGCUUAGCCCUUUUCUCUUUCCCUCAUCUCAGUAAACACAUACUGUUGCUGGUCUGGUAGCUGAAUAGGAGAAAGUAGUUUCUGGAUAAAUAAGACUGGUUCUGUUUGGAGUGAGUAAACUUGAGAACCACCCUCAAACUUUGUUUUGAAAGUUUAUUUCAUGAUUUCAGUGUUAUGAUAUUUCUUGCAUACCAUUUCAAAUGCUGGCAAUGUAUUCUGUAAGGAUUUUUUUCACCUGUUACUGUUGAUUCUAUUUGAAUGCUUCAAAACCAGCUUUGACUGCAUAACUUAUAGCUAAAAGUAUUUUUCUAGUCUGAUCUUAAAAAAAAAAAAAAAAAAAAAAAAAAAAUCUGUCAUAUCCAUGCACACUGGAGCUGUAACACUUUCCUUUUUCCUGGCAGCUUUUUGAUAGAGUGCUGAAGUCUAAAUAGACGACUGAGUGGUAAGCGUUGUUCUUAUUUUGAAUCGUGGUCCAAGUUGUACAAAAGAGUUAGCAUGAUACUGCAUUUUAAUCACGACUUUUUUUCAAGUGUGGUCACUUUGUGCCUCAGGGUACAGUAAUAGUACUGUACUGGCAGAAUAAUUAAAGGAGGAUUUUUUUUUUUUUUCUUUGUGAGGGUGGGAAUGGGGCUCAGAAGAGUUGAAAGCCAUUGUUGGGCUGGUUCCAGCAGGGACAGACCCACCUUGAAGCAAAGGCGUGCCAGGAACCGAUCAGAAAUGUGAUUGUAGCUGUUCGUGCUUUCAGACCUGGUUCAUGCUCUGAAAAGGAUUCUCCUCAGUUCGUUAGGAAGCUCUGGGAUGACGUGGAAAGGCUUCCCAACAAAACACUCUUCAAUGUUUUAAUGGCACUUCCUGGAAUUUGAAGGUUCUACUUCAGAGCCUGAGUGAGGAGCAGAGGUGCUGAGUGUAUCAUAGCGAGAAACUGCAAUAGCCUCUGAAUAGAACUUUGAUUUUUUUUCUUUUUUUCUUUUUUUUUUUUUUAACGCCACACAGCACCCAAAAGAAACUUGGUUUCAACUGUGGUAACUCUCCCUUCAAUGCUGUUGCACUGGAAGUGGAAGGAAGCUUCUCCAAGACCAUCAUGUUUCUGUUCAUCCAGCUCAUAGUCUUGAUGCUUUUCUGGGGUCAGAGGACUUUUGGUAGUGAUCUGGCCAUCAUGAGAACUGAUAGAGGCAUUUAAAUGCAUUUUUAGUGUGGUAGGAAAGCUGACCUGGCUUGACUGCUGCUCUUGCUUAAAGUUGAGCUGCAAAUAUGCCUUGGAAAUGAGCUGUGCUUGUAAAGGAAUGCUCUGUCACGGCUGGUUAGGUCUUGUUUUCCCCGAGACUGUUGUUAACAUGCUGCAUUGGAUGCGAAGUGGAAUCGACAGGUAGAGCUGUUGAUGGGAACAGGUAGGAACAGAAUUCUGCUGGGCACUUGAGCCGAAUAGGUGUGGACAGCCCACUAUUCUGCAGUAUUCUGGCCAAGGAUUCCUCCUCCUCGUUUGCUCAGUUUUCAGCCUCUUGUGAGUUCUUGGCUCCUCUCAUUUUCUGUUUAUCCAUGUAGUCACAGGUAAACAAGUAAAUAAUAGCUUGGAAAGAAACAAGGAAGAGAAUUAAAAAGAUACCUUCAGGCUUGGUUAUCUCUUCAAGGAAAAUAAUAAUUGGAGUUGCAAAUGUCUUUUACAGAUUUUUCUUAUUCUGAUUUUUAUAAGCACUCUUCACAAGUCUUCGCACUUGGUGUUGUGAAUUAAAAGGAAAAACUUAGAAGGUAAGGCUGUUUUUGGGGGGAGGGGGGAUGGAAUGGGGGUAGUUUCUAGGAUAAAGUCGCAGUAGUUCUGCAAGCCCUGUGCAAACCAUGUCCCAUUGACUGCAGCAGACACUUCGGUCUUGAAAGAACAGUAGUCGGCCUCGACAGGUAGUAAAGAUAGAGCUUUACUUUCUGUGUUGAUCAGAGUUUUCAUUUAUUGGCAGCGGAACAAAAAUAUGAGUUGGACAACCAAACUACAGAUGAAACUGGUGGCUGUCAAAUUUCCUCUUAAUGGGGCAUAUUUAUACCUUCCUGGUGGGCAAGCCAGUCUUUGAGUCACCUGGAAGUCCCUUCUGUUUGUGUCAUGGUGAUUAGGGACAGGUAUCGCUUUCCUCUUGGAUCAAAUACAUGAUGGAGAGCCCCCGGAAGGCUCCUUCUUGUGGCACAACUGUAGGAAAAGUCUCGUUCACACAGCGAGCCCUGUAUGAUGAAGAAGUGAUGUUUACCUUUAAACAGUGUUACCAGCUGUUAAAACUUCUGGGUAUAUUUGUAAAAUUGGUCUUUUAUACACCAUGUGAAAUGGAUUGAAAUAACUUCUUUGCUGUUGUACCUGUGGAAGUACAAGCCAUUUUACAGGAAAAAAAAAACUUUAAAAAAAAUUAAAAUAUUAUCUCAGUAUUGUCACUGACUCCUUCAGUUUUUUCCCUGCUGUUUGGUUGUCAAGAUUUAACUUUGAUUUGCAAAAACAUAUAAGUAACUUCAAAAAUAAACAGUUCUCUUACCCUUUUAUCCCCUUUCUACUCCUCAACAAACAAAAACCUAAGCCUUUGAUUGAUGAUUCUUAAGUAUUCAAGGUAGUGGAGUGUAUUCAGGUGUGAGUGCCCUGAAAUUUCAGUUAAUUCACUUCCCUGAUUUUAAAUUGAACUGUUUGUUUUCAAUGCCAACUGCCUUCUUGCGGUGUUAACAUAAUUGCUAAAUAAAAGCAAUUUCCAGGAAUAA